UCCUCCACGGACAUCAGCUGGAGCUCAACCGUCGACAGACCUGACCUCUCUAGCCGUUCAGUUCACUAUUUAUUGUCGUUUUGCGAACCUUGUCCUUCAACUGUAGCCAUGGCACGAAUGGAGCAAGCCAUUAAAGACAUGGUGGACAUGUUUCUGGAGUACGCCAACGGUGACGGCAAGCUGAACAAGGACGAACUGAAGAAUAUGAUCCAGAAAGAAAUUCAAAACCCAGAGCUAAAAGCAAAGCUUUGUGCAGUCGACUUUGACAAGGCCAUGGAGAGAAUGGACAAGAACCGCGAUGGGGAGAUCGACUUCAAGGAGUUUUUAAAGUGCAUGUCUUGCAUGGCCAAGUGCUACUACAAGAAGAAGACGGGCAAGGACAAUGAGUGAAGAGCGCUGUGCUUAAAGACAUGCAAGAAAUAAACAGUGUACAAGCAAAAAGGCUUUGUGGAAAGCAAAAAUUAAAAAAAACACAUCAUUUUUGACAUUAAA